GGUUUGCCACAGCCAUUUUGAUUUCGGCUUCAGCUGCCGUCACGGCGAAGUCAAGUGAGGGUAUCUGUGAUGCCUGUGCGGUGCGAGUUUUGCUGAGGGCUCGAACUACCUUUUCAUCUGGGGGCCGUGUUCGAAAAUGAGCGGCAACGACGGCAUGGAAAGCCUAAUUCCUAUCGUAAACAGGCUGCAAGACGCCUACACUCAACUUGGAGCGAGCCUCACGCUAGACUUGCCUCAGAUCGCCGUGGUCGGCGGACAGAGCGCAGGAAAAAGCAGUGUGCUGGAGAAUUUCGUUGGCAGGGACUUCUUGCCAAGAGGAUCUGGAAUUGUCACUCGUCGACCACUGGUGCUACAACUGAUUAACUGCAAUACAGAGUAUGGAGAGUUCCUGCACUGCCGUGGCAAGAAAUUCACAGAUUUCGAUGCAAUCCGUAAGGAAAUCGAGGAUGAAACAGAUCGGGUGACAGGCAGCAACAAGGGCAUUUCAAGCGUGCCAAUCAAUCUCAGGGUCUACUCACCGCUUGUGCUGAACCUGACCCUGGUCGACCUUCCGGGGUUGACUAAGGUCCCCGUCGGUGAUCAGCCUGCGGACAUUGAGAGUCAGAUCCGGGAAAUGAUUCUCCAGUUCAUUCGCAAGGAGAACUGCCUUAUACUGGCAGUCACAUCGGCCAAUCAAGAUCUGGCUACUUCAGAUGCCCUGAAGAUUGCCAAGGAAGUUGACCCAGAAGGUCUGCGCACCAUAGGUGUGAUCACCAAGCUGGACCUUAUGGAUGAAGGAACUGAUGCCAGGGACAUUCUAGAAAACAAGUUACUGCCAUUGAGAAGAGGAUACGUGGGUGUAGUGAAUAGGAGCCAGAAAGACAUAGAAGGCAAGAAAGACAUCAAGGCAGCCAUGGAAGCAGAACGGAAGUUUUUCCUUAGUCAUCCUGCAUACAGGCACAUGGCUGAUCGCAUGGGUACACCAUACCUCCAACGGGUACUGAACCAGCAGCUGACCAACCACAUUCGAGACACCCUUCCAGGUCUUCGGGACAAGCUGCAAAAGCAACUCAUUUCCAUGGAGAAGGAGGUGGAAGAGUACAAGAACUUUCGCCCUGAUGACCCAUCCCGCAAAACCAAGGCUAUGCUUCAAAUGAUUCAGCAGCUUCAGACAGACUUUGAACGGAACAUUGAAGGUUCUGGCUCUGCUGCUAUCAACACAUCAGAGCUCUCAGGGGGCGCCCGCAUCAACAGAUUGUUUCACGAAAGAUUUCCUUUUGAAAUUGUCAAGAUGGAAUUUGAUGAGAAAGAGCUACGUAAAGAGAUUGCCUUUGCAAUUCGUAACACACACGGCAUUCGGGUCGGGCUGUUUACUCCAGAUAUGGCCUUUGAGGCUAUAGUGAAGAAGCAGAUUGCCAAGUUGAAGGAGCCUUCCAUCAAGUGUGUAGAUCUUGUCGUGGCUGAACUGGGAAAUGUGAUUCGGCGAUGUGCUGAAAAGAUGAGUCGUUAUCCACGACUUCGGGAGGAAACAGAACGCAUUAUCACCUCACAUGUGCGUGAGCGGGAGCAGACAUCUAAGCACCAAAUCUCUCUGCUGGUUGAGGUGGAGCUUGCAUACAUGAAUACGAAUCAUGAAGACUUUAUCGGAUUCACAAAGGACGAUUAUCACUCUGGUGCACAACAAACAGCAGACGUGUCGUCAGCUGGUAAAAGGAAACUAGGCAACCAGUCGGUUUUCGCCGUGAUUCGCAAGGGGUGGAUGUGCAUCCAUAACUUGGGCAUCAUGAAGGGUGGCUCUAGAGACUACUGGUUUGUGCUCACAUCAGAGUCCAUCUCAUGGUACAAGGACGAAGAGGAGAAGGACAAGAAAUACAUGCUCCCUCUGGAUGGCCUAAAAAUUAAGGACAUUGAAGCUGGUUUCAUGUCUCGAAGAAACACAUUUGCACUUUUCAACCCUGACCAAAGUGAGCUGGGCUAUGAGAGAGCAGCCUGUGAUCAAAAGACUGUUCAUGACUCCCACUGGAGGAACGUGUACAAGGACUACAAACAGCUGGAGCUAUCGUGCGAGAGCCAGGAGGAGGUGGACUCGUGGAAGGCAUCGUUCCUGCGAGCCGGCGUGUAUCCAGAGCGGGCACAGAGCGCCGCAGGUGAUGGUGAGGGGGGCUCAGAUGGUUCGGGUUCGGAGGGCGGUGGAUCAUCCAUGGAUCCGCAGCUUGAACGCCAGGUGGAGACCAUCCGCAACCUGGUAGACUCCUACAUGCGCAUUAUCACGAAGACCUUCCGUGACCUGGUGCCUAAGAUCAUCAUGCACCUCACCAUCAACAAUACUAAAGAAUUCAUCUAUUCAGAACUACUAGCAGCACUUUAUGCUUCAGGUGAUCAGACGCAGCUCAUGGAAGAGAGUCCUGAAGAGGCACAGAAGCGAGAUGAGAUGCUACGCAUGUACCAUGCCUGCAAAGAAGCCCUGCGUAUCAUUGGCGACGUGUCCAUGCAGACAUCUUAUCAGCCAACACCACCGCCUGUCAAGGAUGACUGGCUCAAAAUGCAACCCCCUGAUUCUCCACGGCCGGCCCCUCCCUCCCCGGGGGGUCCCCGGAGGAAUGUGGGAUCUUCCCGGGCACCCCCCCCAGUCCCAGCGGCGGCCAGCCGGCCAGCCCCAGUGAUCCCAUCGCGGCCCGAUGCAGCGGGCAGGCCACCCCCGGCAGCCCCACCCAGGCCUAUCAGUGCCGCUUUCCAGGCACCCCUUGUGCCUUCGCGUGGCUCAUUGCCGAGCGUGCCGCCACGCGUCGCUCAGGGGGCCGCGGAUAUGGUGCUGGACGCAUUCGGCAUGCCCAUGAGCAAGUGAAGAGCCCCAGCGGGCAGGGUGCAGCGGGAGCCGUUCGCUUCUGUGGCUCCAACUGCUUUGUCCUGGGCUGCCCGCUCUGCAGCACUUCUUCCCGCACCUUGGGCCAUGGCAACCUGUCUACAGUGGGGCGCUGCCCCGGCUGCUGCACCUGCUGCUCCCUGUGCUCGAGGGUGGCCAGCAGCCACCAUGCCCACCACCCUUCCUCUUCCUCAUCCUCUUGACAACACCCCAUUCUCUCUCAUGCAUAGCAUUUCUUGUUGACCUGCAAGGCAUGGCUCCACAGGGCUCAGUGUUUCCACCUUGCUUACUUGCCAUUGUCUAGAUUGACAGUGUUCUGGGGGAGGGAAGCAUUGCGAGUACACCAGCAAGGGCAGCAGAAAAACGCAGAAGGCUGCGUGGCUUAUCUGGGAGGGCAAUUUGAGGAUCUCAGAAUUGCGAAAGAAGUGCAGAAAUGUGGCUUCGCCUUCUUUCUCCUGGAAAGUCAUUCACUCUGCUUGGGAGAGGGCGUGUAAAAAAUAAGAUACUGCCAUGGUAUGCCUUGUGCGUCAGCUUAGAAGUCUGGCUGAAGUUCAAGUAAUAUUUGAGGCAUGCAGCCUAUGCACUUCGCAACAGUAGGACAUUCUGCUAUGAUGUUCACCUGCAGUGCUGUUUGCGCCAUUGCAUCCAGUAGCUGCAGCUGGCAGGCAGUUGUUGGUUGCCAAAAGUUAAUUUCAGGGCUUGGGCAGAAAUCUGCCAUUGGAUUGAGGAAAAUUAGUGCUUUGUCACUGUGUUGGGAAUCUGCAUUUCUCGUCAUGCUUCUACUUCAGCCAGGCCCUAGGUGAAAUCGAGUAGAGCUUGCCUGUUCAGAAUUGUGGCCUUUAAUUGGACUUCAUCUUGUAGCCAGGAGGGAGUGCUACUACUAAUAUGUUGACAAGCACAGGUUGUGGUUACUUGAGGAACUGGCUAUAUGCAGGCUGGUAUUACAAUGGUAGCUGGUUUAUUUUUGUUGCUUCCUUUGAAGAUUAUGGUGCAUUUCUUGAGAUCAAGAAUUGCCAGAGUAAAAUAUUGAUCAUAUAGGCUUUGGUCAGUGCUGUGACAUUUCUUAACUUGGAACACUUCUUCCAAAGGCUUGCGGUCCUUUGAUGGGUGCAGCAACACAAUAUCGAUUGUGAUAAGCUUUGGUUUUAUGCUUAAUUGUGCAAAAUUUUCAUUCUGUAUAAAAAUAUUAGUGGAAGUUCAGCGCUUGUCUUUGUCCCACCUUGUUUGGUGCACUGGUAUGCCACCAAAAUGCAGCAACCUUGCAUAACCAGUCUCAUUGUGCCAUGCUGGCCUAAGAUUUAAGUUGUGUUGAAAUAUCUUAGCACCAUUCCUUGCACAUUUCUUGCAUUGCACAGUGCCUUCUAGAGCUCUGAAGCAUGUGCAUGGCAGCUGGUGUUAAGUUUUAUUCGGAUCGCAUGCUCCCGUCAUCUUGUAACACAUAACAUGCACAUAUUUCUGCCUAAUGCAUCUGAAAAGUGAAUGAGCAAAAGUUUAAGAUUACAAUCUUCCACAAAAUACUAAACCAAGCUAUGUUAUGGUGUGAAACUGUUCAUGGAGUGAGUGAAAAAAUAACAUUGCACAUUCAUGGUGAUGUGCACUGAUAGCUGUGCUGCUCUUCAGUUCAGGAACAAACUUUAUGGUUGCCGUAUAUACUAGAUGUUUAAAGCACAUUUGAAGACUUUCUGUUUCAGCUGUUCAUUUGUGCUGCCUUCUGUGUACCCCUUUCCCCCUUUAAAAGUAAGCCUGCCGAAUUUUUAAAGAGCCAGCAUGGCCAGCUGCUUGCACUCCAUAGCAGUGCUUCUCUUAAACUGGCUGCCAGCAAUUAUCCCCAUGGAAGUAUACAGGCUUGCCCAUAAAUGCAACACGUUGCCUGUUAGAGCACACCAGUACAUUUGUGUUAAUGUUUGUGUUCAGCUUAUGUUUCAAAUCAAGGGCAUGGAUUAAUUGCAAAUUGCUUAUUGUUAUUGCAAGCUGUGGAAUGCAUCGCUAAAAGGAACUUAAUGUAGCCAAACCAUGAAGGAACAUUGCCAAAUUUAUGGAACUGCUUAGUCGACCAUGGAGCUCAGCUUACGAGGAUAUCGCUGUCAGUGUAUUUUGAUUGGCUAAGCCAGGGGGUAGAAUACCCAUAGCUCCAGUGAGGUGUAUCACACUAAAGCAAAAGUAUGUGCGAAAGUUACCAAUUGAGAAUACAGCCGCAGCACUACUGUGACAUGAAAGUGGGAGGCUGCAUUGGGCUUUUGUGCAUUUUUUUGGUUUUUCUUAUGUGGGUUCUGUAGCCCAGCAAAGGCUACAUCUAAAAGAAAGCAACUUAAGAUGGGCAGCUCACUGGAAGUACCACAGGGGUUGCCUUUUUAAAAUUUCCUUUUAAUAAAUGCUUCUCUCCUUACUGGGAAAAAGGCUACACAGUAGGUAGCAAGGCAAAAACAGCUGAAACUUGUGUUUUCAAAUGUACAAUAAAAAUGUAUUGAUGUUGUGGCUCUAAAGUGAACAAUUGAAAACUAAUGAGUGAUAUUUACAUUAAAAAAAAUAUACAGGAGGCUUCAAUGGCUGCUGAGAUAAUAAAUUGUUUUUAUGCGACUAAAAGGCCUUGCUUAAAAAAAAGAAAGAAGUAAAAAUUUAAAAAACUUUGCGGCUUGCUAGCUGCAAAAUCUUCUUUAGUACAACAUGUCGACGAAACGAGCGAGAAUACACAUAUAAUCGCAUAGGUCACAUUUCAGUGCAAAUUGCUGUCUGCAAGGCAUUUGCAGUCAACAUGACAUAUCCCUGCUACUUGUCUGCCUGUAUUGGCUAAAGUGAUGCCAUGGAACAUGACAGAACCAUGAUUGUGCUGUUUGCAGUUUAAUUUCCCACCUUUACUUACACUGAAUACUCGUUUACUAAUAGUUGUAUGCAAUGAAAGGAAAGAAGAAUUAUAUGUAGUCUCUGAUGACUGAGAAAAAUGGAGCCAGGCAAGCAGCAGGGAUUGUCAAGCUUGAAUUGAAGAGCCUAGCGCACAAUUGGUGCUUGAAUGUGCACAUCAUGUAUGUGUGUAUUUUCCUGUUUCACUGCAAAACUUCAUCAUAUGGAGCUGCCCACCCAAGUGGUCACUGCUUCCUUAUUGUUGUAAUAUUAUACAGUAGUACUUUCUAUGUAAGCUCAGUUGGAUCUCUUCAAGAAGACUAGUAUUAAGUCAGCAUUUAUCCAACAUUGUCUUUCUUUAAAAAAAGUGCAUAUUUAUUCUGUCGCACAUCGAAUUUUCCCUGAUUUAUAUCUUCAUUUUAUGUUAGAGAUACUAGCAGCACUGUAUCACUUUUUUCUUUCAUUAUUCACACGCCUUUGCUGCUUGUGUAAAGGCAAAUGGCUGCAUCAGUGGCUUUCAUUAUUUAAUUGUGGUCAACUCUCAUUGAACCAAACUCCUUUAUGCCAUAUAUCUUUGUUUGAAUUACCCAUGAUUACUGAAAGAAGACAUGCACACAAUUUAAUUGUAUAUAUGCAAACCCAUGUAUGAUGAGUUCAUUAUACUUGGGUAAAACAGCUGUGCGACAGUGCUGAAACACCCCAUGGUGACCUAACUGUCGUAGCAGCCUGUGUAAGUAACACAACAAACAACAGGAUCUAGCUCUCUAUCAGGUUAUGCAUCAUAAUGCACCCUACCUGCUCAUGUCCAAACAUGCUGACAAGCAUGUUUGGACACAGGUUGUAGGCACUCGGAGUUGGAUAUAUCCAAUGUCCAGUUCACUUUAAGGGAUUUGUAGUAUGUGAAUAUCGCUUGAAAAGCUUUGCAUAUUUGAUAUAACGCAUAAAUUACUAUACCCAAGUUACAACCAGGUGUGUCAGUGUACUGUAUCAAGUUCCAAGUUGAGAAAAUUUGUCUAUUUUAUAUGUUUCUCUUGGUGUUACACAUAGGAUAUAUUUAACUUUAUGUUCACUGAAAUUCUUAAUGCACAUCAGGAUGCACUGCGUUUCUUGGGGCUGUUCAUUUUAUACACAGAAUUUUUCGGUUUGGAGUGCCUAAACCUGCAAUGAACUACUCCCCUACAGAAAUAUAUCAUACGAAUGCUGUGAGCUGUUGUAAACAAUAAACCAAGUCAUGAUGAUUGUGCAAGACUUUGAUUACAAGACUUGGUUUGCUUUGUAAUACCGUGAAGCACAAGUUUGCGUUGUAUUUUGACAGGUGUGCUAUAACAUGCCAGUGUAGGCUGUGCUGUGCUCUUGAUUUGACAGUUUGGUGCGAUGUCACAUUGCAAAAAUGGCUUGUUGAAGAGCUGUUUUUAUGGAUUGUGGCAUUUUGUGUUUAAGUAUAUAUCCCUCCAUGUAUGUUGUGAGGCUAACAGCAUGGGGAAACACAAACUAUUUCUUGAAGUGCUUUGUUUGGAUCUGACUGAAGCUGUUGUCAAGUCUUGAUCUUAAAUGUUGCAAAUGUUGCACACACAUGUAGGGACAGUGAUCAGAUCAGUUAUUCAUGAAAGUCUGAGGGAACAACAGAACAAUGCAUGAAGCAUGGGAGAAACAAGGCCCUUUUCCCUUCUUGUCCUCAUCCUACCUGUCCUCGCCAUUGUGCAUGUAAUGUGGUAGUCACCCCAAGGCAGAGCGGGUACAGCUUUCCUGUGGUAGCGCUUGUGUUGCUAGUUGUGAUCGCAACUAUAGGUGUGAGGCUGCAGAACUCGACGUCCGUGUAAUGCACUAGGGUAUUUUUGGAAGCCAAGGUCUGUUUUUAAGUUGUCUAAGCAUGGUGGGUCUGCCUUGCAGUAUUGGAAUACGUCUUUCAGUUGAAAAAUCCUUGUUCUGUAUCUGGAAUCAACGUUAGUCUUGCACACUAAAUGAAUACAUCAAUUGGUAUUUAAUGUAGGUGCUCAAGGCAGACUGGCAGCAGCAGGAAGUUCAAAUGGCCAAGCUUUGUGCGGGAGCUUUCCACUUUGUCUUGCUUUGACAAUGCCAUGUUAAUACGUGAGCUUUAGCAGACCUUCUUGGUUUUGCUGACAUACGGGAAAGGGGCUCUUAUUAGUAUUGAUGUUUCCAAUUUCUUUUCAUUAAUAAUGUUUAAGUUCCAUGUGCAUUCUAAGCUAUCACUGGAGUUUUAAUUUGAUUGAUGUCCUGUCUGCAAUCUCAUUUGAACAUAGAGACAACCAGGAAAUUUCUGGCAUGCAGGGAAGGUGCACAAAUUCCCACCAUGAAAAUAGAUGCAAAGCAACAUAAGAUUUAGAUUUGAUGGUAAAAUGCAUACAAGGGCAUCAAAGAUCUUGUCAGUCCAUAAUUAUAUUAGCUUAUGCUGAGGAAGUGACAUUAGCUGUUUUUGCAAAGCCUUUUGUCAAUUAUUGCUUUACUAAGGCUGGCAGCAAAUUAUAGGUCCAUUCUAAUGGGAAAUGGAGCUAUUUAAAAGCUAAACUCAGUGUUAUAAUGCUGCUUUGCUGGUAAUUCACUGGUGCCUGCCUGUUCACUUGAGAUUGCUCUUAUUGCUCUUAUACUUUUAAUGUUACAGCUGCUAGGUGAUAGCAGCUGUUUGCUAGUAGUUGUAGCCUGUCACUCGUUGGCACUUUCCUGGUGUCAUAAUUUUAAUAUUAAUUUAUACAUUUCACUUGCAUAAAUUUAGGUAAUAUUUAGCCUAGUAUAAAGCAGUGAUCCUUAAUCAUUUAAUAGAAAAGCUGUCUAGCCUAUAGAUUUGGGCACUACAUUAUCAAAGACCUGGAACAGAUGUUGCUAUGUAAUUUUAUGCAUGAUGUGCUAGGUGGCAACUCUCCUGUGGUUUUUCCUGAUGCAUGUAUCCCACAGUUACUUCUCUGUAUGUUUUGCAUAGCUCUUGCUGCUUUUAUUUCACUACAAGUGUUGAGUGGGGCAGCUCUGUGCCCAUAGGCUUGAAAGGCUUGCAGAAUUGACAGCAAUCCAACAUUGUCUCGGUACUUGUGCUUUCAUUUCUAAAGUUUACUCUGUUCAUGCAUUGUUGGAUAUAUUGAAGCAGUUCUUGUGGUUAAACUGCACUGUUGCGAAUACCCCCUGUGCUUGCUCUUUGGAGAAAAAUAGCUGUCUUCCAAGUACAGCCACCCUAUCUGCAGUCUUGUUGUUAGGCUCUUUGGCACACUGAUAAGGGGUAAUAAACUGGUUGUGAAGGAGGGAAUAUUAUUUGCAGUCAUUAAAUGAAUGUUUUCGAAACAUUGAACAGGGCUUCUGUGUGUUGGCUUGUUUAGCUCUUUCUUUUGCAAUCUCUUUGGUUUAUAAAUGGCUAGAACGCUUAGCAAAGGGUUUGUACUAUUCGAGUUCUGGUUUCUGUCAUGCAUGAAGCACAUUUAUGCUUGUACACCUAUGCAUGUUUUGCUAAUGUAUGUACAAGUAUGUUUUCAUGCAUACUCAUGUACUUAAGUUCAUACACAAUGCAUGUUCACAUACAUAUGAGUAUGCUUUCAUCUUUGCUGAUAAUGAAAAGAAAACUGUUACUUGUCAUGCUUGACGUGCAUUCUGAGGCAUUGCAUGAUAUUGGGAGAUAUUGGGAGAACUUCGGUAUGUGCUGAAAUAUGCAAGGGUUUAGAUAUCUGUGUGUGGAAUGAGUUCAUUAGUGCCUCAUUCUCAGAGCCAAAACUGCUGGGGUGGCAUUCAGCCACUACUGCUUCAGUGCUUGAAGUGUUAAGCUUCCUGCUCCAGAAGCAUUGUUGUUUCUGCAACAUUGUUUCUUGUUUGAAAGUUUGUCGUUGAAGAAACAUAGCUGCCGCUAGCAGGUUGCCAUUCUUGUCAAAUGCAAUGCUCCUUCUUCAUAUGUCUCGACAUGCUGCUGUUCACCUGGCAACACACCUUAGCAGGUAUUUAUGCGCUGAGACAAGCUUGAAUUAUGCUUGACUUUUUAGUGUUGACCAUAAACCACUGAUAAGUCGAACAUGGCAGGUGCAUAAGUUACUAAGAUCAUCAAUGGGUCUCGAAUGAAUACUGCUCCUAGAGCUGAUGACAAAUUGCUGUUGCUGAAAAACUGUUGCAUUGCUACUGUGCUGUCCUGUUCUGGGCCGUAAAUACACAACUUCUUUGUGCUACCCACUUCCUUGGGAUGUGUGUGUAGCAUGCAUGCAACAAGGUUUGCUUUUCGUAGCUAAAAGGAAGUGUGGCACAUUGACAUUUUGAGUCUUAUUUAGUGCUAGUGGUCUCAUCUACAUUUUUUUAUUUUCUGUUUAGCGUCACUUCUGCUCAUAUUUCUUACUGACCUCUUUGUUGCACUCCACCCUUGUGCCCUGAGCUGCUUAAAUUCUGCUCAAAUAGUUUUUGCUCUUUGUAUUGGCAGUAAGAUGAGUUGCUUUUUAUUUUUUUAGUGCAGGUGCACAAAAAAGUUAGUUUUAUCAGAUUUUAUUACCACAAUAGAGGUCUCUUCAUGUGGCCAUUCAUUUGACGAAGGAACGUUGCUUGGCAAGUCGCGUUUCAGGCAGACAAUCAUCCAUCACUGUCCGGAAACACUGCUUUGUAAUUGUUGUGAAGUUGCCCUAAACUUGAGUUUGACCUUUUGCUGUUGGUGAGAGGUGGGGAGUGCAUGCUUGCUGACGACCAUAUUUUUUCUGGCUUGCAUCUUCUAGGAGUUGUGUGGUAGGAGAAGCUUAAUCUGCCUCUAAGGACAAAGAAAAAGCUGGAACUUUUGGCUGCAUUGCUAUAUGUGCAACCCCUGCGUGCAUUGUGGGAUCAACCUUUUGUGUGUACCUGCUUGUAGUUCUUAUUAGCCAGGAUUUGCUCUUAAGUGCAAGUCAUAAUUUAAAGGUAUGCCCAUUAACUGUAAAAUUCCACGUCUGUCAUUGCAAAUUGUAACCAUGUGUGACAUGUAACAGUACUAGAUGUGUACUGUAUGUACUAGUGACUGUAUGCGUCAGUGGCCAUAGAAACUUGGAAGCUUGUUCGCACAAGCUAAAUGUGAAAGUUUGUGUGGACAUUAGGAAAAAAAAGAUUAAUAUGGCAGUUUGUUGCACUGUUACUGUAGAAAACAAAAUUUAUUACAUAUCCAUUGUUUCAGUAAUAUGCAACAAAAUUUACAAUGUUGGUAUUUAGAUAUUUUCAAAUUUUGUUUUGUUUGUGUUGGUGCAGUUGCUAGUCAAGCAUAUGUAGUUCUGACUGUUAUGCAGUCAUUUGUGGGUUCAGCCAUAGUAGACUUUUGCCUUGGGAAAUGGUGUUGAUAUUUUAAAACAUUAUUGGCUCUUGGUGAAUGGUUUUGAGUGAAAGUAUGGUAAUUAGUGUGAUUACUGCUAACUGCAUCUGCCAAACUUCUGCUUGUGUAAACCACUGUUUAAAUAUGUAGGCUGUUCUGCAGCAUUGUCUAGUACUUGUGUCAACAGCAAAUAGUAACUACAUGCUAUCUCAUUAAUUAGCAGACAUUAGUGGAGGGUUGUAACUGCAGGAAAAAAAAUGAAGGAAAAAAAGAAACUUGGUGGCCUGGUACAUAAUGCUAUAAGAAGCAUGAGAAAUGAAACAAGCAAAAGGGCCUAGCAUAGUGAAUCGGUUCUGUUAUACACUGUAGCCAUGCUACCAUAGUUUUCUCCCAUACUUCCCCAGCAGUCCUGUGACACUGUGAACUAGCCCACCGUUUUGCCACUUGCUUAGUUCUUAAUGCAAGCCUCUUAAUGCAUCCUCCCCCGCGUAGAAAAGUUCUUGCUUGAUUUAUAAAAAUGUUACGCAGCUGUUGUAUCAGAGCUUUAUUCCUGCUUUAUUACACCUGGUCUGCAUGCAUGAGGAAACUGCAACUGAGCCUAAUAGCAUAGCUAGCAGCUUUCUUAACAUGCUACAUUUGCAACCACUUGUAUGGAAGGCUGCAUUUUGGCUUUGGUGUUUAGUGGGAGAAACAAUGUGUAUUCACAGUGGUUGCUGACUAAUAACCGCUUAAGUAGUCUGUACCUCACCAAGCACUAUUUCUGCAUGUUUUACUGGCAGAAAGUUCACUACACAUAUUGAAAAUAUUCAUUGUGCAUAGUGUGGCUUGGCGUAUUUUGUGAAGCCAAGAGACAGGAUUGGGUCAGUUUAUGCAGUGUAUUCAUGGUAGACUUGCAGCUCUUCUGCAUUUUCUUGUUGAGCUAUUAGUCCUUCCCAUUAAGCCAGGAAGAGUUUAGGCUAUUUCGCUUGUGCUUGUUGCUCCUGCCACCUUAUAUGGUUACUGCAUUCCAGCUGUUCGAAAUCCGAGAAGCUCUGCUUUAUUUUAAGUGUACAACUUUUUGUUUUCUAUAGCUUUUCAAGAAACCAUUACACAUUGAUUUGUGAAGCACUGCUCUCUGACUGAGAGGCAUAUCACUUUGGUCUGUUUUCCUUUGUUUUAUGGCAUUGUAAUCAUACACUGACACCAAACGGAAAAGUUGAAGCUUUACUGUGUUUUAUUUUUCCCAAGAGAUUUUUGUACAGCAAAGCUAGGUAUUACUUUUUGUUCCCAGUUAUCUUUAGUUUAUGAUGUUCCCUUUUGUUUGUGCACAACAUUUAAUGUUUCACACUAUUACUGUUUGUUUUACUUUGCAAAAACAGGCGCCCUGUUCCAUCAGUCCCUCCCAGAAUCCCCGACCGGCCGCAGGUUUCAUCUUCACAAUGGCCCUACUGAGUUUUCCAUCCUUGUGUUCUGUGGAGGACGACCAGCCCAAGAGACUGAUUAGAACAGAGAGCACUGUGAGAAAGGGCCCGGUGAAGCUGAGAUGUGGUCCAAAGGCAGGCCAUGGGAGGAGGCUCGGUGGCACGAGGUGAAAAUGUGGGGGAGGACCGAAAGAGAAGCAUUCCAAGCAGCAGCGUGGCGCAUAGGGCAGCCAACCGCCUGUGAUCCCUUGGCAGGGAUGUCCCUGUCUACGUCACCAGAGGUUAGGCGAAAAUCCAGUGCCCUGCUAGUCCCGACUCUGCCUCACGUUUGUUUGGACUGUGUAAGUUUUGUAAUGUAAUUUCCUGUGAUUGAUUUCUUGGUCACUGUGAAUUGCUCUUUCUUUGUGCCACUCGUAUUUUUUUAUGUGCUCACUCAAUCUGCCUGACCAGUAUACAGAGACAUGUGGGUACAGUGUAUUCCCCCCAGCCUGUCACUUGCUGAUGGGCUGCCCAUAACGAGCACCAUGCCAUCUGCUAUGGUUGCUUCACUUAGCCAUGGUCCUUCAUGUUACCUACCUGUGUGUCCUCAUUUCACCAGUUCCCCCCCCCCCCCCCUUCCCUGAGGCAGUUCAGCCAUGUUUUUCUUGUGCUGACUUUUGUGGUUAUGUUUGAAGAGAAGGUAUUUAUUUGGCAAGGCGCAUUCUCAAGGAAAGGCUCCAUGCAAAAUUGCAAAGCUGCGUGAAUCCCAGUAUGUGUGCCCCAAUAUGCCCUCACAUAGUGACUUGGCAAUUUAAAACUGCUUUUUGCAGUACCGUGUUGACUUUUUUUGUGUAUUUUGUAGGUACAAAUGGCUUUUGAUUUUCAAAAUUUGAUACCGAAGCUUAUUUGCAGGUAAGAGCAAAGAGGAUUCACAGGUUCCUCAACUGGUGUUCACAUUCAGCACUGGUGGUGGGGAAGCCAUUAUGUUAUCCUCUUUUUGAGCAAGUGGAAGUGCUUAUUUGAAAUGUUUGGUUUUGAAUGAGUAUCUAGCCCUAUGCUUGGUUGAAGGGUAUUUAUUUCAUUGCUGCACAGUCUAUUUGCCUUACUUUAUACAAGCAGGGCAAAGUUUAAAGAGAUUGCUUCUCUUGCUAUGUAAACUUGCAUGUCAUUAAUGUACCGGUUAUGCUUGCAUAGUGAGCACACAUGUAUUGGCAUUGAUGUCUGAAAAAAAAAGAUAUUUUUUGUGUGUGUAUCCAGAGUGCAGCAUAGAAUAUGAAGCUUGCCUACUAUUUUCUUGGAAGAUAUGUCAAGUUGCAGUAAAGACAAAGUGAGUUUUCUCCUUCAGGGUGUCUAGGACGCAAUUGUAGUCUGUGUGCUCUGUAGGCUCAGAUAGCAUUCUAGCAGAGCGAUGCCCCAAACUGUUCCCACAUGCUAAUUAUAAAAUACCCGAGUAAUCAUCAGCAGCAUGAAUGUCUCAGUACAGCCGGGCGCGCACAUUAUGCUUGCAAAAGGAAGUACAUACUGUAAGAAUGUAUGAUAUGACGACAGUCUGGGGACCCUCACACCAGUGGUGUACACAGGUGCAGCAAUGUGUGUUUGAAGUUGUAAAUUAAAGUAUCAAUGUUGGCGAA